AUGCUGGACAUCAAUCUGUUUAGAGAAGACAAGGGCAACAAUCCCGAAAUCAUCAGCGAUUCUCAACGUCGUAGUUUCAAAGGGGAGAGAUCGUCAACGAGGUCUCAAUUGGAGCUUGAUAAUCUUCGGAAAGAGUUCAACAAGAUCAAGAAGCGAGUUUCUCAGCUCAAGAUUGCGGGUGAGGAUGCAACUGAGGUUAUUAAGGACACUGAGGAAAAUAAGAGGUUGGUGGCGGAGAAAGAAGUUGAAGUUCGAGAAGCUUCAAAACAGUUGAAUUCCAAAUUGGAAGUCAUUGGAAACCCUAAUCCAAAAUCUGAUUGCUACAGGUAG